AUGGCGGAACAUAAGAGUAGACACGGUUAUAAUAGUUGCAGUAAUCGGCACAGAAAGAUGUCGCUACUGUGGCUUUUACUUAUGAUAUGUGCAUUCAGCGGGGAUAGUGGAGGGGGAGGAGGGCCUGGUAUGUUUAUGCGAAUGGCCGUGGCUGAACACGUGCGAGAACUAGAAGUAGCGGAAGGUGUGCCGAUCGGGCACCAGAUCGGAUUCAUUGGGGAGUUCCUGAACGAGAACGGUGGUGACAGUGGGCCACCGUAUCUGAUUGUCCCAGUGCCAGGCAGUGCGGUCGACACGGACCUGGCGAUCGAUCAUACAACAGGCGAGAUCCGAACGAAGGUGGUGUUGGAUCGAGAGAACCGGUCAACCUAUUCGUUGGUAGCUAUCCCGUUAAGCGGGGAGAACGUGCGCGUAGUACUACGCGUGCUGGAUGAAAAUGAUAACGCCCCUACAUUUCCAACAGCGCUUAUGAGUAUAGAGUUCCCUGAAAACACCCCCCGUGACGUAAAACGUACACUAAACCCAGCGCGAGACGCAGACCUCGGGCGUUACAACACCCAACGGUACGGUAUCGUAUCGGGAAACGUGAACAAUGCGUUUCGACUCUCGUCACACCGUGAGCGAGAUGGGGUCCUUUACCUGGACCUCCAAAUAAACGGAUUUCUCGAUCGCGAGACGACACCGGCCUACAGCCUAGUGGUGGAGGCGCUCGAUGGUGGCAGUCCGCCACUCCGCGGGCAAAUGACGGUCAACAUUACUAUCCAGGACGUAAACGAUAAUCAACCGAUCUUUAACCAAAGUCGAUACUUUGCGACCGUCCCUGAGAACGCGACGCUUGGUACAACAGUGCUGCAGGUCUUCGCCACCGAUCAGGAUGCAGGCGAGAACGGCAUGGUGGAGUACGCGAUUAACCGGAGGCAGAGCGACAAAGAGCAGAUGUUUCGCAUCGAUUUGAUCACCGGCCUUAUAUCCGUCAAUAAGCCACUUGAUUUUGAGACGCGUGAGUUGCACGAACUGGUAGUAGUAGCUAAAGAUCGCGGUAUGCAGCCGCUGGAGACAACCGCGUUUGUCUCAAUUCGUGUGACAGACGUCAAUGACAACCAACCGAUUAUCAACGUCAUCUUCCUCAGUGACGAUGCGACGCCAAAGAUUUCUGAAUCUGCUCUUCCCGGGGAAUUUGUAGCGCGCAUUUCUGUCAAUGAUCCAGAUUCACGUGCCGAGUAUUCCAACGUCAACGUAACACUGUCCGGCGGGGAGGGUCACUUCGGGUUGACAACUCGCGAUAACAUCAUCUACCUGGUCAUUGUUUCACUACCUUUGGAUCGCGAGGCUAAGCCUAAUUACACUCUCAGUGUUAUCGCUACCGAUACCGGAAAUCCUCCAUUGCAUGCCGCGAAGGAUAUCUUCCUCACCGUGACCGACAUCAACGACAAUGCGCCCGAGUUCGAGAAAGAGGUGUACCACGCCAACGUUAUGGAAGUAGCUGACCCAGGGACGUCCGUAAUUCAAGUGACGGCAAUCGAUCGAGACGAAGGCAAUAAUUCGGCCAUCAUUUACUCACUGCUCGAUACACCCGAUACCCACUCACACUGGUUCCAAAUUGACAUGCACUCCGGACUCAUCACCACUCGAGCGCACAUCGAUUGUGAGACCGAUCCGGUGCCACAGCUGAUUGUAAUAGCGCAGGAUAAUGGUCGGCCAGCGCUUUCCUCCACAGGAACCGUGCUCGUCACUAUUCACGACGUCAAUGACAAUGAGCCGAUUUUCGACCAAAGCUUCUACAACGUAUCCGUUUCCGAGAACGAAACCAAGGGGCGUUGCAUUCUCAAGGUAUCAGCUACCGACCCUGACUGUGGUGUUAAUGCAAUGGUGAACUACACUCUCGGUGAGGGCUACAAGAAGAACACUGAAUUUGAGAUUCGAGCAAGCACGGGGGAGGUGUGCAUUGCCAACGAAUUGGACUAUGAAACACGGAAUUCUUACGAGUUUCCCAUCAUAGCAACCGAUCGAGGCGGCCUCAGUACGACUGCCAUGGUAAAGAUCCAACUUACCGAUGUCAACGACAACCGGCCAACAUUCUACCCUCGUGAAUACAACGUGUCAUUACGCGAGUCAAUGCCUACAAACUCGCUACUAUCUACGCCUGUCGUGGUGGUUGUAGCUACCGACUCCGAUUCGGGCAGCUUUGGUACGAUUAGCUACCGCAUAGUGGCGGGAAAUGAAGCCGGUAUCUUUCGCAUGGAUCGGUUGACGGGAGAAAUUUUUGUCACGCGUCCUAACAUGCUGUCAAGUAGAACGCAGCCAUACCAUCGAUUGAACAUAUCGGCCAGUGAUGGUGGAGGUCUACGUUCGACGUAUGACGCAGAAGUCUUCAUUAGUGUAAUCGACGCUACACAGCGUCCACCAAUCUUCGACAAACCACGUUACACCUACUACGUCAAGGAAGACGUCAAACGGAACACAGUUGUAGGAACAGUAUCUGCAACUAGUAGUAAUUCAGGAAGUCGAGGCUCGCUUCGAUACUUCAUUUACUCAGGUGACCCGGACGGAUUCUUCGCCAUUGACCCUGUAUCGGGUAACAUUCGUGUGGCAAACGCUUUGGAUCAUGAGACGAAGCCUCAGGUGCUGCUCAAUAUUCAGGCCACCAGCGGAGAUCCACCUGCAUACGGACAUACACAGGUGAACAUCGAUAUUGAAGAUGUAAACGAUAAUCCACCUGAAUUCGAAUCCGGUACGGUUCGCAUUUCUGUGCCGGAAAAUGUAGAAAUCGGAUUCCCAUUGUACGAAGCAAAUGCACAAGACAAGGAUUCAGGCAUGAGCGGUGUUAUAACGUACAUGCUAGCUGGACAACCUUAUAAACUAGCCGGUGCAGUGCCUGCUGUUCAGCUAUUUAGCAUCGACAGCCGUAGUGGACAUUUGACUCUUGCGAGACCACUGGACUAUGAGUCCUUACAACGUCACACACUUAUUGUGACUGCGUCUGACGCUGGUACUCCUUCUCUUUCCACCAAUCUAACUAUUCUAGUAGAAGUACAAGAUGUGAAUGACAAUGCUCCUAUCUUCGACAAAAAAGAGUACUUCAUCGAAGUUCUCGAAUCAACACCCAGUAAUUCACAGAUCCUUCAAGUCAGUGCCACUGACGCAGAUACAGGCAAUAAUGCAAGGUUAACGUAUAAAAUAUUGGGUGAAGAUCAUCAACGUACUGGAAAAUCAACACAACCAGCCUUACCCAAUGAACCUGUGUCGGAAAUUUUCGGUAUAUUUCCAAACAGUGGUUGGAUCUACCUUCGAACCAAGCUGGAUCGUGAAGUCAAAGAACGAUACAACGUUACAGUAAUAGUUAGUGAUAACGGUGUACCAACACUUACCGCGACAACUAACAUUAUAAUAGUAAUUCUGGAUGCCAAUGAUAAUAGUCCAAUUUUCACAAAAAGCCUUUACGAAUUUGAAAUCGAAGAAAACAUGCGCCGUGGAGCAAUGAUUGGUACCGUCCUGGCGUCAGAUAUCGAUGCAGGUAUUAAUGCUGUUGUGCGAUACAGUCUUAUUCCGAGCAAUAGUAGCUUUCAAAUCAAUCCAGUCACAGGGGAUAUAACUACCCGCGACUCGCUUGACCGAGAAACCAAAGCGCACUAUGACCUAGUUGUGGAGGCUCGUGAUCAAGGCACACCCUACCGUAGCUCGCGGGUAUCGGUACGUAUACAAAUUUUGGAUGUUAACGACAACGCCCCCGACAUAGUCGAUCCACAGGAAGAUGUGGUGAGUGUUCGUGAAGAGCAGCCUAUAGGAACAGAGGUAGUGAAAGUGCGUGCAAUCGAUCGUGAUAACGGACAGAAUGCUUCCAUCAGCUACUCUAUUCUUAAAGGGCGGGAUUCUGAUGGGUACAGUAUGUUUUCUAUUGAUGCGAUAAGCGGUAUAAUUCGCACAAAGAUAUCACUAGAUCAUGAGGAGAAAACUAUUUAUCGGUUAGCAGUAGCAGCAACCGACAAUGGAAAACCGCAAAAACAAACGGUCCGUCUUUUGCGCAUUGAGGUCCUUGACCUAAACGACAAUCGUCCGACGUUUACAAGCUCAAGUCUGGUAUUCAGACUACGUGAAGAUGUUGGUGUUGGGCACAUCAUUGGCUCUAUCAGUGGCAACGAGCAGUCCGAAGCAGACGCCCAUAUCUCGAACAUUAAUGAUUUGCACAUCACUUACACUCUUACUUCUCUGACAAACGACGUCAUGGAGGGUGCUUUCGAUAUCGAUCGAAACACCGGGAAGCUUGUCGUAGCUCGACAACUCGAUAGAGAGCAACAAAGUGAAUAUCGCAUGGAGAUACGCGCCCUGGAUACAAGUGCAAGCAACAAUCCACAAAGUUCUGCUAUUACUGUAAAGAUUGAAAUUGCAGAUGUCAACGAUAAUCCACCAAACUGGUCUAAUGAUCCGAUUGAUGUAUUUGUAUCUGAAGACUGUGUGGUCGGCUCAAUAGUGUACAAUUUCACAGUUCAAGACAACGACACUGGUACCAACGCGGAAAUCAAAUAUAAUUUGUCAAAGCAUAGCCAAUUGGGACAAAAAGACUAUUUCGCCAUCGAUUCUCUUACAGGCUCUCUUACAUUGCUUGCUCCCCUCGACCACGAGGACACACAAGAGUUUUUGCUAAUAGUGCAAGCCACUGAUCAAUCGUCGAAUGUUUCCGAGCGUCUAACUACAUCGGUAACUGCGCGAAUCAUGGUUACCGAUGUUAACGAUAAUUCGCCAAAGUUUGUGCUCCCUCAUAAACCAAACGGUGUAGUGUACAUUAGCGAUUCAUUAGAAAUCGGUCAUAUUGUAUCACAUGUGGUAGCAAUUGAUCCAGACAGUGGAGAUAAUGGCCGCAUUAGGUACACAUUUGUCAGCGGUAAUGAAGACGAACACUUUGCAAUCGAUACCGAUACAGGCGUUAUCAGAUUGGCCAAAGCAUUCACCAGCAAUUUUAUUUUGGAAAGCAGCAAACGUACUACACGCAGUGGAAAAUACCAGCUCAUAAUAUCGGCUAGCGACCACGGCACGCCACGUUCACGACAAGCUAGGAUGACACUGCAAGUUAUUAUUCAAAAUAUGACAAACAAUCCUCCGCGAUUUGUUGAAUCUGUUUAUCAUGUCAACGUUACCGAAAAUGUACCUAGUGGGAGUUUCGUAGUACGUGUCGCGGCAAGAUCUCAUUCCGAGACAAACUCCGGUCCCACAUCCAAUCUUACUUAUGAAAUUCCGAAGGGAGCUGGAAAUGACCAAUUUGCGGUUGAUCCUGUUCGUGGUAUUGUCACUACCCGUGGCAUGUUCGAUCGCGAGAUGAAGGAUUUCUAUACGGUUCCAAUCUACGUGACAGAAGGAAACCGUUUUAAGAAAUCUUCAUCGAGUGCAAUAUCCAACAAGGAAAUGACACAAUUUGACGUUGCUAUACUCGUUGUGCACGUUAGUGAUGUAAACGACCAUGCCCCGGAAUUUUUACAAGGUUCUUGUUAUCCGCUAGCCAUCCCCGAAAAUAGCGAACUCUCGAUUAUCCACACAGUUGUAGCAACCGACGCAGAUGAUGGAAUAAAUGGAGAAAUAACUUACAGCAUUUCGGGAGGGAAUAACGGAAACAAGUUCAGUAUUGAUUUACAUUCGGGAGCCAUCACUGCUCGACCGCUUGAUCGUGAAGUACAUGCAAAAUAUGUGCUACAAAUUACUGCCCAAGAUCGAGGAUCUCCUGUCACACACCAGGGACACUGCAACAUUACCAUUCGUGUGGAGGAUGAAAAUGAUAAUGAUCCUAAAUUUGAACUGCAGAAAUAUAUAGCAACUAUCGACGAAGAUGUUCCAAUCGGAUCAUCGGUACUUACCGUAAAAGCAAUCGAUGCAGAUGUAGGCAUUAACGCUCGCAUCGUUUACUCGUUGGCUAAUGUUACUGAAUGGCUAUUUAACAUUGAUAGCAAAACAGGAGUCAUUACUACAGCUGGGUUUUUCGAUCGUGAACGUAAAAAUGUUUAUAACUUCAUGGUAGUUGCAAUGGACAGCGGUCGCUACAAUGCACGUUGGCAAAAUGUUCCGGUACAGGUAAUUAUAGCCGAUGUUAACGACAACAAGCCAGUAUUCGACAAAUAUCCAUUUCGGGAACAAAUCGGCGCAUUGGUGCAGCCAGGCCAGACCCUUUUGCACAUCUCAGCCACUGACAGUGACCAUGGCAGUAACGGAGAGAUCAUAUACAGUAUAAGUGAAAAUGAAGAUAAUACCAAAUUUCGUAUUAAUCCAUCAACUGGAGCACUAAGCGCAAUGCAAAGCCUAGCCAGUGAAAAUGGACGUCUGCUACACAUCGAGGUGACAGCGCGAGAUAAAGGCAACCCUCCACAAAUCGCAAAUGGCUUAAUUGAAUUACGCGUAGGAGAAAUACAGCAAGAACUUCCUGUGCUGCGGUUUCAAAAUAAUUCUUACCGCAUAACGCUUUCGGAAAACACGCCUGUGGGUCGGACGGUACUGCAACUAAACGCCAUUCGUAGUGAUGGUAGACGCCAGAAGAUCAUUUAUAACUUCGGCUCGGGCAACGAGGAUGGUACGUUUUCAAUCGAUGCAGUAACUGGAGAAGUCCGAAUUCGGAACUCGCACAAUCUAGAUUAUGAACGCUUUAGUCGCUUGAAGAACGAAAAUAUUGAGUUGGUAGCAGUAGCCCGUACAGAUGGUACUCCGUUGUUAUACGGGUAUACGUCAAUAAACGUGGGGUUACAGGAUGAAAAUGACAAUGCACCACGCUUCACACAGCAACAGUAUGCGGCAUCGGUGUGGGAAGGCAACAGUAAGGGGGCAUUUGUGAUGAAAAUCGAUGCUUUCGACUCGGAUCAAGGAGCGAAUGCACGCAUCCUGUACCACAUUGUGGACGGAAACCAUGACAACGCGUUUAUCAUAGAACCGGCAUUCAGUGGCAUCGUCAAGACCAACAUAGUACUGGAUCGAGAGAUUCGUGAUAAAUAUAAGCUGAAGGUUAUAGCCACUGACGAGGGCGUUCCGCAAAUGACUGGAACGGCAACUAUCAACGUCAACAUUGUGGACGUUAAUGAUAAUCAGCCAACCUUUCCACCAAAUACCGUAAUCAGUGUCAGUGAAGCAACAACUGUCGGAACGGUUCUCACCACCAUAACAGCCAAUGACGUAGAUACAAACCCACCAUUAACGUACAGUUUUGCUGAGGUAUCGGAUGAUGAUGCAACGACCUACUUCGCUAUAGAUCGCUACAGCGGCAAGAUCAUCCUAAUCCGAUCACUGGACUACGAGAACAGGCAGGAGUUUCAAUUGCGUUUAUUAGCGUCUGAUUCGGCGCAUGUAGCUCGCACAACGCUUACCGUGCGCGUGAUUGAUGUGAAUGAUAAUGCACCCAUCUUCCAGCAAAUUACUUACCAUGCCGUCGUUUCUGAAAAUGCCGAUGGCAACAACAAUAGGAACAUGAUGAUUCUCACCGUGAAUGCAACCGAUGCAGACAGCGAGUCAAAUGCGAGUUUACGAUAUUCGAUCGUGUCUCCCAUUGGUGCGGCAGCCAAAGGCUUUAGUAUUGACGAAUCAGGAGGACAACUGUUUGCAAAUGUAAGCGAACUUGCUGCAAAUGGUAUAGGUGGUACGUUGUACCUAACUGUUGGCGCCACCGAUUCAGGGCAGCCAACUUUGUCAUCAACUACGACAGUACGAGUGGAGUUGAAAUCUAAAAGCAAAGCGAACCCACAAUACAUUCAGAGCCAUUAUAGAGUUUCUGUAAACGAAGAUAUAGUUCCGGGAACAACAAUUAUCAAUCUUAUUCCUAAUCAGAUCCUACAACAGCAGCAAAUGUCAAAUGAAGCAGCGUUCAUGUUUGAUAUCAUCGAUGGCAACGAGGGUUCCGUGUUUGACGUGACUUACCCUGACGGGGCACUGGUACUGGUGAACCAGUUAGAUCGGGAACAAAUUGACUACUAUGAGUUGAAGCUAGUGACUAUCGAGCCUGGAGGUCGGAACAUGAAUCAGGCGGACGCUAAUUUCAGUACGAUCAUCCGUGUGCUUAUCACAGUAGAGGACGCAAACGAUAAUGCUCCAGAAUUCCAACCAGGUACUUACGAGUCAACGAUUGGUGAACUAGUACCCAUCAAACACUCCAUUGCCAAGUUGUUCGCAUUUGACGCUGACCAAUCGGGAUCAUCCAGCUCUGAAGUGAUCUAUCAAAUCAUUUCCGGAAACGAUAGUGGCAUGUUUUCAAUAGAUCUUGUAUCUGGGCUCCUAUACACCAACAAAUACUUAGACUAUGAUCGAGGCCCAACCCAGUACAGCCUCGUAGUACGUGCAUGCGACAGUUACCCGGCGCCCCGUUGUACGGUGCAUCCGUAUAAGAUCUCUCUUUCGGACGAAAAUGAUAACGAACCGCAGUUCCCAGUCUCUGAAUAUUUGGAAUAUGUGGGUGAAAACGAGCCUAUAGGGAUUAGCAUCUUUACGGCCCGCGCAACCGAUAUAGACCGAGGGUCGUUUGGGCUCGUCAACUAUACGAUCGACAGUGCACUAUCGAGUGCCUACUCCGGGCCCGAUGACAGUUGGAAGCUAUUUAGGGUAGAUUCCACAAGUGGGAUUGUCAACUCAAACGCAAUAUUCGAUUAUGAAGAAAAGAAUCGCUACGUGUUUGCGCUACGCGCUACAGACACAGGUGGCAAAUCACAAACGGUACGAGUAAGGAUUGUGAUUGAAAGUCGGGAUGAAUUUAGUCCGCAGUUCACCGAGCGCACGUAUCGAUUCGUAAUCAAAACACCUGUCGAGUCGGGCCACUUACCCGUAGGCUACGUGGUGGGCCACGUGACGGCUACGGAUCGGGACCGAGGACCGGAUGGGCGCAUAGUAUAUCAACUAACAACACAACACUCGUAUUUUAAAAUGAAUCGUACGACGGGGGCAAUACUUAUCAAGAAACGUCUGGACAACGUAGCCGCCAUGCUCGACGCCGGUCGAGACAUCAGUCUAGUGGUAACAGCUGGAUCCGGCCGGCAGGGGUCACUCACCAAUAUGACAGUGGUCGAGAUAGCAAUCGACACGCUGACGCACUUGAAGGAUAACGAGUUGAUUAAUGAAGGUACCGUCAACGGGGACAGAGCAGAGUACGAGAACUCACAAUCAGUUUCCGCCGGUGGUGGCUUUGCCAACUGGGCUCUUGGUUUAGUAAUAUCGCUGCUGCUACUUAUUGUCGCUGUUGCAUCGAUAUUUCUUUUCCUCCAUAUGCGACAUCGCCAGCAGAAACACGUCAACAAGACGGGACUCAACUCCGAAUCAGUUGGCCAUUCAAACAAUUAUGUCGAUCCAAGCGCGUUUGACACGAUUCCGAUCAGGGGAUCAUCGAGUGGUGCGGCAGGAGUAGGCCAAUUUGCCCCACCCAAGUACGAUGAAAUUCCACCUUACGGUGCAAGCUCUAACUCAGGUGCCGCCACCACAUCCGAGCUAUCAGGUUCAGAACAAUCAGGAUCGAGCGGGCGCGGUUCAGCCGAGGAUGACGGAGAGGAUGAAGAGAUUCGAAUGAUCAACGAAGGCGGGCCAUUGCAACGAGACGGUUUGCAACUUGACGGUCGAAUUUCAGACGUAUCCGUGCAGAACACCCAGGAGUAUUUGGCGCGAUUAGGAAUUGUUGACAACGGUACAACAGGCAACGCGUCUAACUCGUCACGUCGCUGUUCAGAGAGCAUGGGUCUCGGUAGCUCUAAGGACGCCAUGCUUCACAAUCUACCGAUUGACACACUGCAUAUGUUCCACGAUGAUGAGCACCACCGUGAUGAAUCUGAUCUUACAAAUUUGAUUUACGCCAAGUUGAACGACGUCACAAAUAACAGCGACCGUGCGAGUAGCGUCGAUGAAACAGUCACGAAUGCGGGCAGCAUUGGCGCCACAGUCGAUCAUGUCAUGAUGAGCGGUUGUGGCUACGGAGACGUACCCGUCGUCGGUAAUCAACAAGGCAUUUCCAUGAAUGGCUCACUCAGCUCGAUUGUGCAUAGCGAAGAGGAGCUCACCGGGAGCUACAACUGGGAUUAUCUGCUCGACUGGGGCCCUCAAUAUCAGCCACUAGCGCACGUGUUCUCAGAAAUCGCGCGUCUUAAAGAUGACACCCUAUCCGUGCAGAGCGGAAACAGCGGUACUUCAAGUGCCAAGAGUAAAAAUUCACUACACCAUGCUGUCAAAUCACUCCCGCCGCCACUGUUGACGAACGUUGCGCCCCGAUCAAUCAACGUCCCUGUCUUUGCAGGCCGUAGCAACCCAAGCAGUCUCCACGGAGGUCCUCCCAGUCAUCAAUAUCUGUUGCCACGUUCACCCAUCAGUCAUGAUUCGGCGGCUGGUUUCAGCACCUCCUCGGCGAUGUCCCCUAGCUUCUCUCCGUCGCUGUCACCAUUGGCUACUCGGUCACCGUCUAUAUCCCCACAUGUGGUGUCAACAGGCAUGCCAACGGCCCAUCAUAUGGUUUCUCUGCCUCGGCCACCGCAGCAGCGCGGAGCAACCGUAGGCCAGCGGAAGCCCUACUAA